AUGAUCCCGGUCCAGCAAGAACAAAGAAACCACACCACAGAACCUGUAAUAGAUGACUAUAAAAAGAUGGGGACUCUCUUUGGCGAACUAAACAAAAGCCUUAUCAGAAUAGGCUUCACAAGGAUGUACUUCGGAGAACGGAUAGUAGAACCUGUAAUAAUUAUAUUCUUCUGGGUUAUGCUCUGGUUUCUUGGCCUACAAGCUCUUGGACUGGUUGCUGUUCUGUGCCUUGUCAUUAUUUAUGUACAACAGUAA